UAUACACUUUCCUACAAACCUCAUUUAUUAUAUUUUAUAAUAAAAAAUAUUCAUAGAAGCCUACAAACUCCUUUCAAAAAAUCAUAACUGUUUUUAUUUUAUCAAAUGAAUCUGUAAUGUCAUUACCUACAGCCGUGGUUCUCAAUCUGUGGUCCGUGUAACAUGAGUGCUCCAUGAAGCCAUUUCAAGUGUUCUGCAAACAAAUCAAAUAUACAAUUAAAAAUUGUUGCAAAAGAAAAAACAAUACAAUGUAAAAUAAUUUUUGUAUGGGAAUGUAAUCAGCAAAUGACAAUGUCGUCACCUACUAGACCGAGUGUGCUUGAUUUCAAAAAGGUUUGCCACCUCUGCCUUAAAGUUGAUGUAUUGUAAGUGCUCCACGGAAAAAAAUGUCAAAGUUUAGUGUUCCCCAACUUCAAAAAGACUGAGAACCACUGGCCUACAGACCAGUCUAUCAUCAAAAGCUCCAUAACAUAUUUUACUUUAUAUCAGUUGCUUUAUUUUGGAUAUAGCAAAUGACCAUAUCUAAAAUUCCAUUAAUAAAACAAUUUAAAUAUUAAGUACAUCUGAUCUAAAUAAUUAUGUGCAAUUGGCUAAAACUGGCUAAGCAUGCGGGACAUUCCAAUUUUCAACGCGAGUGUUGAGUGUUGAAGUCAACAGUUUGACGUCAUCAGCGACGUUCCAACUCGAGUACGAAGUGCUUAGUUCCCAUAAUUCCAUUCUCAGCAAGAUGGAGGACAAAUGUAUUAUUUCGUGUGCUAUUACAGCAUUUUGUAAUAUUUUUAAUGAGAACGCGAUGAUUUCAUAUAAAAGGAAAAUGAAACACGACGACGAUGACGACGACGAACUGCUACAUGUAAAUGUAGCAGCUAUGGAAGAAAACAUAAAGAGAAAGAAGGCCAAAAUAGUAGGAUAUGUAGAAGAGAUAGUUCCUAUGUAUUCCAUGGAAGAUUUUAAAUCUCACUUUCGUUUGAGUCGUUCAACAAUUGAGCAUUUGAUGCAGAUGAUUAUUUCGGAGCCCACUAAAAGAAAGCCAGCAAUGAAAAGAGAAGAUUCCAUAUUGUUAUCAUUAUGGUUGAUUGGCAACCAAGAAUCUUUUCGAGGUGUUGCUGACAGAUUUGGCAUUGGACAGGGCCAUGCCCACAGAGAAUUUGUUGGAUUCUGUAAGGAUAUAAUGCAAAUAGCAGAGAGAGUUAUCCAGUGGCCUACAGGAAGAGAAAUUGAAAAAACUGUUAAAGAAUUUAAUGAACUGAGAGGGUGCAACAGUUUUCCUGGAGUUUUAGGCUGUAUUGAUGGAACUCAUAUUCCAUUUACAGCCUCCAAAAAUGAAAAGGUUGCACAUUUCAACAGAAAAAAUUUCACUUCUGUCAUUCUACAGGCUGUAUGUGAUGCGAAAUUAAAAUUUAUAGAUGUCUUUGCUGGUUGGCCAGGCUCAUCAAAUGAUGCCAGAGUUUUCCAAAGAAGUCCUCUCUAUCUAAAAAUAAAACAUAAUCCUGAGAUGAUUUCAGAAAACUAUCAUUUAUUAGGUGAUAGUGCAUAUCCAUUAUCCAAAAAAUUAUUAACUCCUUAUCGUGAUAAUGGACACUUAAACAAUAUUAAAAAAUAUUACAAUAAAAUUCUUAGUUCAACUAGAAUUGUUAUUGAACAAGCAUUUGGACAAUUAUUUGGCAGGUUUAGAAGGCUGAAACAUCUACAUAUGUUUCGAAGGGAUUUGAUUCCAGAAGUGAUAAUAACUGGCUGUGUAUUGCAUAAUUUGUGCAUUUUAUAUAAUGAUAUACCUCCAGAUGCUUGUGCUAUAAAUGGUAAUUUGCAAAACAGUUCUCAGAAUUUUGGAGAAGAGUAUCAAGAUGGAAUUAGCAAAAGAGAGGAAAUUGCUAAUAAAUUAUAUGCCAAUCAUAAUGGUUAAAAAGUAUCUAUUGAUACUUUUAUUUUUUUUUCUAUUAAUACAUUAAAAUCAAGUUUGUAAUUAUUAUUAUUGUCUGCUGUUAUGUUGUGAAUUUUUAAUCAUAAUGAUGCCAUGUUCAUCUGCAUUUAUAAUGUGUAAUUUAAACAAAAUUUUAUUAAAUAUUUGAACCAGUUUCAGGAAAAGUAUUAAUCAUGUAUUUAACAUUUUGUUAUUACUUUUAGUUAUUUGUAAUUGUGAAUUACAUAAUUCUAAUAAACUUUGUUCAUUAUUGAAAGUGCUUUCGUUUUUU